AUGAAGACUUCAACGACUACCAAGAAUAAUAUUCAGCAAUUGGCUAAAGGAGUUAGCUCUUGUUCUAUGCAAGCUACAGCUUAUGGACAGUGUAUUUUGGCAAGUUACAAAGACGUUCAUGUCAACAUGUGCCAGAGUGAAUUCCAGGCAUUCAAAGACUGUGUUCAACGAAGUGUAAAGAUAAGAAGAUAG